AUGGCGGAAGCAGACCCGUCAUACAUAGACUAUGAGGCCUUCUUAGACCCAGACUUCUCGCCAGCUUCCUUCGCCAACACACUGGUGACAAGCACAAACAAUGCAACAGAUACCCCGUUGGAUUUAUCAACACCAUUGUCACGGGUGCUCUUUGAUCUUCAGGAGAUCGACACACACAUCCAUGCAUUGACAACCAGAUCAGCAAUCCCAUUGCUUUCACACACCCAAAGCCAAAUUGCUGCUGCUGAUAAUAUCCUCAAAGAAUCAGGGACACAGAUUGCUUCUGUGACUCAAGGGUACGAGCGCCUUCAAAAAGAGGUUGUACAAAAAUGGGAAGCAGCCGACGAAGCCCGUAUUGCUGCUGAAAACUCGCUUGCGACCGUCCGUCUAGCAAGGGCUGUUGCGCGAUGCAUAACCCUGGGCAGACAGCUGGAGAGCCAGGUUUCUGAAAUUACAGGCCGAGGGCCAACAGGACCGGCCCCGGAUGGAGCAGCAUCACCGUCAACUGGGAAAGAUGGGUUUCGCGCACUGGAGCGAGCAGCGUACACGAUUUUAAAUCUGCGCGAAAUGUUCUCAGCUGCAGCGGAGGGCGAGGAAGGCUAUGGAUUGGAUCGAGUAAAAGUCGCUCGUACUCUACGUGGAGAAUUUGUCAUUCCCGCAGAGAACAUGGUCAAGUCGAGAGCGCAACAGACCAUCAACAGAUUUUCUUUGUCCUCGAAUUCAGCAAGCUCCAAUGGCCAGUCAUCCAUGCAAUCUGGCUACAAGCAAGCCCGCGAUGCCCGAGCACGACUGGCAACAGCCGCCACAACUCUAUAUCUUCUUUCGCCUCCUCCAAAGAACGCAACCGCCCCAGCAGACUACAAGCCUGAACUCUUGUUAUCAACAUUACAAGGGUUCAUGCAUACAGCAAUUAUGACAUCCGUGAAUUCCCUCGCCCGGGCUCUUACCCAGCUCCCAACCAUGGACCGAGCCCUCGCCGACAUCUCCGCGCGAUGCCAAGAUAUAGUCGCCUUGGAGAACAUUCUCAGAAACCUCGGCCCACCACCACACCCUCUCUUAGCCUCCACUACUACAACCGACGAACCCGCCACUGAAACUCAAACAGCGGCCUCAAAUAAACCUAAUCUCCUACAGCCUCUGCUCCAGGCCUUAGACACCUCAUCUCUUCCUUCCUACUACUGGCGCUCCCUCGCCUCGUCUCUCGCCCCGCGUGUUCAGGAAAUCGCCAACCGAGGCGGUGUCUCCGUCCGUACCUUGCGGUCCAACCGUGAUCGACUAAGAGUCGAGAUCAAGGAGUGUGUGCUCCGUGCGUCACAGGUGUCUGCUACCAGCCUGCUGGCUGAGAAGGGUCGACCAGGACCCGACAUGGUGGUGGUUGGAAACUGGGAGCGAGAGGCUGCCGUGAUGGUGAGCUCGGUUGUCGGUCCUCUGGGACGGUGA